ACAGUGACGCUCGCUCUGCCGCAGCCUAAUGAACCUCGCCUUCUGCUGCGCUCCCACAACACAACAAAAGGCCUUAACAUUCAAGACAUAUGUACAAACGCACAGUCCAUCACAGCAACAAUGACGGAGAACACUAAAACGCAUGUCAUCUUGCUGUCAUGCGGAAGUUUCAACCCCAUCACGAAGGGACACAUUCAUAUGUUCGAAAAAGCCAGAGAGUAUCUACACAAGACCGGACGCUUCAUUGUGAUUGGAGGUAUAAUCUCACCUGUACAUGACUCCUAUGGCAAACCGGGCCUUGUCUCUAGCAGACAUCGUCUGACCAUGUGUCAGAUGGCAGUUCAGUCUUCUGAUUGGAUCAGAGUGGAUCCCUGGGAGUGCUAUCAGAACACCUGGCAGACCACCUGUAGUGUUCUGGAGCAUCACCGAGACCUAAUGAAGAGAGUGACAGGAUGCAUUCUGUCCAAUGUGAACACGCCCUCCACGACUCCUGUGAUUGGUCAGCCAGAAAAUGGGAAUUCUCCCAUUUACCAAAACACUGCGAACAAGUCUGUGGCUAUUAAGCUGUGGGGAAAGAUGAGCGAGAGUUUCGGGAAAAUUUGCUGUGUUCGUCCACACAUGGAGCGUUUUACCUUUGUCGAUGAAAAUGCCAACCUUGGAACCGCAAUGCGCUACGAGGAAAUCGAGUUGCGUAUCCUGCUCCUGUGUGGCAGUGAUCUGCUGGAGUCUUUCAGCAUCCCUGGCUUGUGGAAUGAAAGUGAUAUGGAGGUGAUUGUUGGAGAUUUCGGCAUCGUGGUGGUUCCUCGGGAUGGAGUCGACACAGAGAGGAUAAUGAACCAUUCGUCUGUGCUCAGAAAGCAUAAGGACAAUAUUACUGUGGUAAAGGAUGAGAUCGACCACCCCAUGUCAAUUGUCAGUUCAACUAAAAGCAGACUGGCUCUUCAGCACGGUGAUGGUCACGUGGUGGAUUAUCUGAGCCAGCCCGUCAUCGAUUACAUUCUGCAGAGUCAGCUGUACAUCAAUGCUUCUGGAUAGAGCGAGGCAGUCCGCUCCUUCCCAUCAGCCAUUCCCGUCUGUCUCUCUGUGUGUAAUGUAGAGUAUAUUCCUCCUGUGCUACCACUGCUUACCCAUGUAGAGGAGCAUUAGUCCCUUCUAACUUGUGUUUCAACGGAUGUACUGCACUGUGCCUGAGGGAUCUGUUUAUUAAGACCUGCUCAACCAAUCAGUUUCAAGGGACUGGGUCACGUGGGGUCAGGGUGCCAUAUAGGAGGAAGAGGAGGAAAGAGAAACCCGUGUUAGAUGAACCGUUGCCUGCUUGAAUGUUGGACAUUGCUGUUGAUUUGAGACUCUCCGUUCUUGUUCUUGCAUGGGUUUUGUUUCAGCGCAUGCAUGUUUAAAUUGACCACAUAGACCGUAGUCUGUGUUUGCAAAAAACCUUUGCUUGGACUCAUCUCUUGAUGCAUUUUAUACUCACGAAUCUACUGGAUGUACAGAGAAAGAUUACGUUGCUGUCUUUUCGUGAAUCGUAUGCCUGUUUUGUCUUCAAUGUGCAUUCAUGUUUACGUGGAGUAUUUGGUUGCACAUUAAAGAAUGCAAUUUCAUUUA